AUGUCGUCUCAGGCUGCACCCUUGUCCUCGUUCUCCAACGUCUUUGCUAGCUGGCGAAGGGCAGCACCAGCUACUGACAUAGAGGCUCAAGUCUUCUCCGAGACUUCGCCUCGAGCAUCUUUCGACACCCAACUUCCCUCUCCACCUCGCGCCAUCGUUCACGAGGCUCGCACCCAGGGUGCCAGCGAAGACGAGGGUACCGACGCUGUCGACGACUUCUUCGGCGUCGCUCGCUCGUCGCCGCGAACAGGCACGCGCGACAGUCGGCAUGAUAACAUCGUGUACGCUGCUGGUGCAAACGACGAUGUCCCGCCUCCCUAUGCUGCAGAGAAUCCGCCCGCCUACACUCGCACGGACGAGCAGCCGACGCUGGCACAGUAUCUCUUCCUCUACGGAUUCCUUUUUCCCGUUUUCUGGCUCGCCGGCGCGUUUAUCCUGAUUUCCCCUCUCCGCGCACCCGACGAUUGGGAGACCACAAAGACGGAGGCGGAGAGGUUGGAGCUCAUCCAGGCGAUGCGACGAACGGAGGUCAGAUGGGCGAAGCGCUGCCUCCUCGCGCUGACUGUCCUUGCGGUCCUCAUUCUCAUCAUUGUACUUGCCGUUGUCUUCGGUCGGCGAGCGUGA